GUGUCCCCUUGAUAGUAUGACAAUGCUAAGCAUUUAUAUUUUCGAUGAUAUAGUAACUCGAGAUUUUAAUUUAAAUUUAAAUAAAGUCUAAAAUCUCUCAAGAUAUAGCAAGAAACAUUUCUUCUCUUUUGUCCUCGUCUCUCUUGCGAUGUCAUUUCUUUUUGGCUAAAUCUCGCGAAUUUUACUUGAAUAUCGACGAAGAAAUCCGACCACAUACGAGCGAUUAAAGGAACACUUAAAAGUGUUAGAGGAAAAAGAACACGUAGGCGUCCCCAUGGAGGCGUUUUCGUCACGACCCGAUACGCUAAAGAGAAAGGAAAAAGACAUGACACUUCGACCAGACGCCUCUCGCAUCUCGCCGAUCGUAAAAAGCACGCGGAUCCAAGCCGGAUUUUAUUGAGUACGAACAUCGCGAUCGUGGAUCGAUCUUCGUGAUUCUCUGGGUCUCUCGAUCGACCGUUUUCUCUCGUCUCGAGAAACGACGUUUCGCCUCGAAAAACGUCGCCGUGGUGCGAACGAUCGUCGCUACCUCGCAGUCAGUUUUUAUUCAAGGUGUCUGUGAACAAUGCCGGAUGACACUAAGGCACUUGUUGCCUUACUGACGAUCACAACGUAAGCGGUCAGUCGUGAUCCGCGGAUCAUCGGGGAGAUAAUGAUUACAGAACAGACCUGGAGCAUGAUGCUGGACAGCGAUGUCACGAGCAUCAACGAGUCGAGCAUUUCGCCGAGGAAACAAUUAUGGAUCAAGGCGGUGAAGAAACUGACCUCCGAGAGGCUGGGCCGGGAGGGACUGGCGGCGUGGGAGGACCGGAAGUCCAACGCGGAUCCCGAGAUCAUCGCCGAAGCCAAGAACGACGUUCAAGUGCCCAUCGAGAGAAUCGAGGAUGCGGAAGCGGAAUCGGAAGACGGUGCUGAACAGGCUGUGCCCGAUGAGGAAGCUCAGACCCAAUGCGAUGUCUUCAAGAAGGGGGUGCUGUACAAGGGAAUAUUCUUGCCCUCGUUAACCAACAGCUUUCAUAACAAGCACCUGGAGACAUCCUACCUUCUCUACUCGAAUCGACAGAGGCAGAAGUCCCUGAUUACGCUGAACAUCGUGGACUUCGGCCUGAAAAUCACGUUAACAGCGAUUUGGCUCUGGCAACGGGACCCACGUAACGGAGGCCUCAUCGAGGGCUUAUCAUGGGCCGUGUGUUGCAUGGCGGCGAAUCUGGUGGUGUGCGUGCUCGGCUGGUGGCGUUGCUUUUCUAGCAAUCAUCUGUACUGGGCCUCGAUAUUCACUUGGUUAUUAAUAAACACUCAAGGCUUCAUAAGUGCCGGUCUGAAUUUCAUUACGCAGCAGCGGCUCAUGUGGUAUAUACUCUUCGUCGUGUACGCGCCGUACGCGAUGCUGCCCUUGCCGUUGCGAUGGUGCGUCCUCGCCGGUUACGGAACGGCGCUAACACACAUGGUGAUGACCGGCAUAAGUCUCCUGCCGGACUCCACAUAUCCGCGCGACGUGGCGUGCAUCGUCCGCAUGCUGACAACAAACGUGCUGCUGUACCUGGCCGUGAACCUGGCCGGCAUGUACACCAAGUACCUGACAGACCGGGGACAACGACAGGCUUUCCUCGAGACCCAUCGUUCCACGGAGACGCGGCAGCGCACGCAGAAUGAGAACAAUCGGCAGGAAAAGCUGCUGCUCUCGGUGUUGCCCGAUUUCGUCGCCAAGGAAAUGAUCCGCGAUAUCGCUCGCGAGACGGCACGUGGGGGGACGAUAUCCUUCACGCCGAAUCAAUUCCACCGGAUAUACAUCCAUCGCUAUGAGAACGUCAGCAUCCUGUUUGCCGACAUCAAGGGAUUCACGGCUCUCGCGAGUCAAUGCAGCGCCCAGGAGCUAGUCAAGGUGCUGAACGAUCUCUUUGCUCGCUUCGACAAGCUCUCGGCGGAGAACCAUUGUCUACGGAUAAAGCUUCUAGGUGACUGUUACUACUGCAUCUCCGGCCUGCCGAUCGCCAGGAGCGAUCAUGCCCAUUGUUGCGUCGAGAUGGGCCUGCACAUGAUUAAGGCCAUACGGGACGUGAGAUUCACCACGAAGGUGGACCUGAACAUGAGAAUAGGGAUCCACAGUGGAUCGGUACUGUGCGGAGUCUUGGGGUUGCGAAAGUGGCAAUUCGACGUAUGGUCGUAUGACGUUACGCUCGCGAAUCAUCUCGAAAGCGGAGGAAUACCAGGGAGGGUGCAUAUUUCCGCCGACACGCUCAAGUGCCUAAACGACGUUUACGAGGUGGAACCCGGCUACGGAAGCGAGCGGGACAAUUAUCUCAAGGACAGGAACGUCGUAACGUACCUCAUCAAGCAGGUGGAGCCCCUCAAGUCCAGACGAAGACAAUCGUCGAAGCCGAAGGUCUGGACGGAGGAAGAGAUGGCCGCAAAUAAGAACAAAAAGAGCUUCAAGAUGAACAAUCCACACACCGCGAACAGCAACGCGGCUCCGAAUUCCACUGUGGACGACGACAUCGGGGUCGAUUGGACGCCUGAAAUCCCAUUCGAAAAUUUAAAUACAGCUACGUCGGUGAGUAAUUUGGAGUCCGAAUAUCUCGAAGAGGAAAACGGUCAACCGGCCAAACCGAGCAACAAGGCAACUUCGACGACAGUCGAGAAGAAGAACGCUAUCGAAACCGCCAGUAAUAAACGCAUGAGGUUGGCCAACAUAAACGCAUGGACUUUGCGUUAUAACGAUGAGAGCAUGGAAUCCAAGUUUGAUCAAUUGCGAGAGGAUAUGUUCAAGUCCAACAUGAUAUGUUGCUUCGUUAUAUGGCUCUUCAUCGCCGUCUGCCAAGCUAUAAUCUUGUCCGACUGUAUGAUUCUUCUGAUCUCUCUGCUGGUAACCACCGUGAUCCUGAUAGCGUCGUCGAUCCUGGUGAUGGCGGAGGAGUUCAAAGGCAUGCCGACGUACCUACAGCAUACAUCGUCCAUGCUGGUGCACAACAAGAAGCAUCGUACCAUCUUUAUCUGCGGCGUCAUCAGUCUGAUGGCGUUGACGUCCAUCAUCGGCGUCCUAACAUGUCCCAUCACGGUGCGCUCUUAUCUCGAAGUGAUGGUGCUUAAGCAACAAACACCUCUGACAACGACCUCGGCAAAUCCGUUUCCAUCGCCAGAGAAGCUGACCGCGACCACCUCGAAAUCGGUCCGGGACCACUUCAUACUGACGUUUCUGGAGGCCGCUCUAAGCGACGAACCCGCCGAGGAACAAAAGACCGCCCCUUCGACCGAGAAUAAUACCCUGGAAGGGGGCUCCAGCAAUAUCGAAUUGAAACUGACGCAGGUGGUGAACGGCAGAGAGACCGGAAAAAGCAGGAAAGAGUUCUUCCGGUUUUACAGAUACGAACAGCAUUACGAGAAGCCGGAAGCCGGAAGCCGACAUUACAGACGAGUUGCACGCAAACGCGAAAUCCAGAGAAAGAUCCUCUCCGUCGCCGACGACGAGAAUCAAACUCACCCGUUAACCCUCAAGAAUCUCGACGUGCUCGAAGAGACCAGUUGCAUCCGACCAGAGUACAUGGUGUUCACUUGGAUCCUGUGCCUGAUCGCGCUCGCCUCGGCCCUGAAGCUGUACUACCUGGUGAAAACGGCACUGGCCGCAGCAAUCGUUUUGGUGUACGCGGUGCUGAUCCUCAUCGUGUGCAAAGGCAUGUUCACCGAGGGAGAGAGAUACGUAUCGGCAAUAUCCCUACCGGCGCAGAUGCUGACCUUCCUGACAGUUUUCCUCGUGAUGGUCACGUACCACGGUAGACUGGUGGAAGUGACAUCACGUCUCGACUUCCUGUGGAAGCAGCAAGCCGAGAGAGAGCUGAGCGACAUGAUCGAGUCGCGACACAACAAUAUGCAACUCCUGAAGAACAUUUUGCCGGAUCACGUGGCACAUCACUUCCUUACAGCGGAUCGCGCGCCGGAAGAACUCUACUCACAAUCGCGGGACAAGGUCGGUGUGAUGUUCGCCAGCGUGCCGAACUUUACGGAAUUCUACUCGGAGGAUGUCAACAAAGGAAUGGAGUGUAUUCGCUUGCUUAACGAGAUCAUUGCUGAUUUUGACGAGCUGCUGGACGAGACGGCGUUUCACUGUAUCGAGAAGAUAAAGACGGUCGGCGCCACAUAUAUGGCCGCAUCGGGAUUAAACCCCAGUCAAACUGAUAAUUGCGGCGACGACAUGGAACACUUGUGCAGACUGGUGGACUACGCGGUCGCUAUGCGUCACCGUCUUGAGGAUGUGAACGUUCACUCGUUUAACAACUUUGACCUGCGAGUCGGCAUCAGUUGCGGGCCCCUUGUGGGUGGCGUGAUCGGGGCCCGCAAACCCGUCUUCGACAUAUGGGGCAACACCGUCAACGAGGCUUCAAGGAUGGACUCCACCGGUGUGAUGGGAAAGAUCCAAGUCCCGCACGACAUCGCUAGGUUUUUGGAGUCGAGGGGUUACCAGACGCAGAAACGCGGGCUAAUCGAGGUGAAAGGGAAGGGCACGAUGGAGACGUACUUUGUGCUGGGUAAAGCAACUCUGCAGCAGGAGGGCACUCCCAGGCACAGGAGCACCUGUCGCAGCCUCGCCGCGGUCGUCUACGGGGUGGUUCAGGCGCGUCGCAAGCAAAUCAAAAAACAAGCGUUGCGAAGAACGUAGAUCGACAAUUACCCGCGAAUAGUUUCGCCGACGCGCUGUUAGAUGGGUGCAAAAGGUCUGUCUUUGCUCGCCGAAUAGAAAUCGAGAAUGUAGCUUCGAAUCUCCAAUAAUGAGAGAGAGGCCGUUAUACAUUUUAUAUUCCGUCUAGAAAAAUAUAUUUUAACAAAAAAAAAACUUUAACUGUAAUUUCAAUGAUAGGAUAAUACUGAGAGAGAUCGAAAGAAACGAAACCACUUCUUUUGCAGCGAUCUAACGAGACAAGUAUCUGGAUAUUCAGAUCAUGAGAAAGGAUAUUUUUCGUCCAAUUUCAUUUCCGUGUCAUUUUGCCACAAGCUGUUGAAUGUAUAUAGCACACUUACAAUAAAUAAUCCAUCUUAUAUAAAGACGAGUUACACGCCUUUUUACGGCUUUAAUUCAAAGUUCUGCUUGUUACACAGCAAAAUGAUUUCAACCAAUCGCUAUUUCUAAAAUGAAGAAAUCAAUAAUAUAAUCACGAUAAUAAUUAUAAUUGAUAAACUGUGUGCCGAUCGCUUUUAUCACAGAAUGACAGCAGCAUCACUCACUCCGCUCUGUAACGAUGAAAGGAAUUAUUAUUAUGAUUGGAAAAAUGCACAACACAUCGGGAGGGAAAGCUCUCCAUGUAACCUCGUAUAUUACAUUAUUACGGUAAACACAAUAUUUAUAAUCAAUAUUUAUAAUUGUAAUAAUAAUCCAUGAUAAUAAUGGCAAUAAUGAUAAUUAUAAUAAGGCUAACUACACAGGGGGGGAGGUGGCCAUGAGACGCCGUCGCGCGAUCACGAGGGGCCACCGCUCACUCUCUCUCUCUUUCUUUUUCUUUCGAAUCGAUUUCGAAUCAAUCGAUUCGACUGUACACGACUUUUACAACAUACUCGUGAAUAAUUAAUCUAAUUUUACAUAUUAAUCAUUAGACAAUUCAUUACAAUUACGAACCUAGUCAGAAGAACGUCACGACACGUAGGAAGGACCGCGCGCGCCCCCCUUUUCUCUCAUACAUGCGUCUCUUUAUCAUCGGCAAAAUUUCACACCCUCCGAGGAAGAAUUUCGAUUCCGAGGGGAAACAGAAGUUUCAAUUACAUCGUUAAUUUUUUUAUGCUGCUGUUAAGGAGAAAAAUUUAUGUCUUCUUAACCCAUCCUCAUUCGGACGGCCAAUCCCGUCUUCCUCUUUACGGGAUAAUAAAAAAAUGUAAUACAAAAAAUAUUUUCAGCAUUUUUAUAAAUACUUAACAAUAUUAUUUAUAAAAUUAUUAUAAUUAUAAUUUUUAAUAAAUUAAUAAAAUUCAAAUUCAAAAUCAAUAAAAUUAUUAAUUAUAAUUAUUAAUUAUAAUUACAAUAUUCAAGAUAACAUUCCGUCUAAUCUAUAUUAUAGAAUUUUAAGAAAUGUUUCAUUGAUCUAGCAAAAGCUAUAACAAAUAAAAACAAUCGAUCGAAAUUACUUAUAUUAUUAAUUACGUUCCUCUUCGGAUAGGUUAAUAAAGAUAAUUUUCUCAUUGAAAGAGGGGUGCUCGGAAAAUUUUGCCUGCGCGAGAAUCGAUCGCUUCUUACGAGGGACAAAGGGGGGACUUGUCUCUUUUAAGA